AUCCAUCGAGCACCUUCUUUUGAGUUUCAUCUGCCAACCAGCUGGAGCACUUCAGCGAAGCUGUUGUCAGAGCAACCGAAAGGAUUCGUUAACGCCGACUGAUUCAUCCACUCCAAUGGUAAUCAUUUGCCAUGAAGCCCAAACAAGCCUCUGACCGACGCCGCAGGAUGGAACGCAAAUGGAUGGACGGCGACCCGUGACCCGUGACCCGUGACCCGUGACCCGUGACCCGUGACCCGUGACCCGUGAGCUUCAUCUUUGGAGCUGAUUCACCGCCGGGACCUCUGCUGCAGGACGGAGCGCGACACAUGACCCGACAUUCUAUUGAGGCUUGCCGGCGGGCACCAGCAGCAUGCCGGAAACGCAGGUCUUCUACCAGCCUGGUCAGACUUUUCAUCAGCGUCCAAGCCUGUACCUGGACCUCCUCCAGCAGCGUUCCCCGGAGGAGCAGGUGGAGCUGUGGUGGUUCCGAGAGCCGCGUCAGUCCCUUCUGUGUUACUGCGCUUCGGUCGCCCUCAUAUUAGGUUUGGGCCUGGGCGGCGUGGCCUUCCUCUCCACCAGCGGCUCCAGCGUGUCCAGCGAGUGGCGCCUCGGGGUGGGCGCCACGCUGUGUCUCCUCUCCCUGGCGCUUCUGCUCAAGCAGCUUCUCAGCUCCGCCAUCCAAGACACGAACUGCGUGCGCAGCCGGCGGCGAAUCGACCAGCUGAAGAGCGGCGGACGGGCCGACCCGGCGCUCAUCCUGGUCGCGGGUCUGGCGGUCACGCUGUGUGGGACGGUUUUACUAUGUGCGACCGCGACGGGCGGCCGAGGCGAUGACGGCGGGGACGCGCGGGUGUCCGGUCUGGUGAUGAUCGCCGCGGGACUCGCCACGGCUCUGGCGGUCGUGGGAUACGCCGUGCUGGUCCGCCUCAAGAGAAAAAGGGAGCACAGCAGGAGGAGGACGGGAGGCGGCUCCGUCCGGGUGUUCUGUGUCUCAGGAGGACAGGCCAACCAGGCCAGGAGAGAAACCGCCUCCAGCUGAGC